ACUCAUAUUCAAUUACAGGUUAUGUGAACUUGAAGUUAGGUGAGCUGAGUCCGCGAGCAGUUUCCGUGAUUUCAGCUGAUUUUGUCCUAAUUUAACUGAAUUAAAAUGGCUAAUGCUGAAAAUGACGUUCCUCAAAUUCAGAUACGUUUUAUAACGAAACAAGAGCAAUAUGCAGUUCCCGAUUAUCCGCUGUCAGUGCCAGCUACAGUUCUUACUACUCAGCUAAAUACACUAGUGAAUGAGCUAUUGAAAGAAUCAGUAGACUCCAAUGCAACCUUUGACUUUGACUUUUUGGUCUGUAAUGAAUUUUUGCGAACUUCUUUGACGGAGCAUAUCAAUGAACGGGGAGUAUCAACUGAAGAAGUAAUCACAGUUGAGUACUUGGAGAGGCAUCCUCCUCCAGAGCCUCAAGACUGUCUAAUACACGAUGAUUGGGUAUCGGCUGUAGCAGUUCGUGAAAAAUGGAUUUUAACUGGAUGUUACGAUAAUACUUUACAUAUAUGGAAUACAAAAGGCAAACAUCAUCUUACUAUUCCUGGGCAUACAUCACCAAUCAAAUCCGUUGCCUGGAUAUCUUUGGAAGAUGAAAGAGCCACGUUUGUCAGUGCCUCUCAAGAUCAGACUGCAAUUUUAUGGGACUGGAAUAUCACUGACAACUCAAUAGAGUGCGUACAGAUCUGUCGAGGUCAUGAACGAGGGCUGGAAUCAGUUGCUGUUAAUCACAAUGCGCAGUUAAUUGCCACUGGUUCUUGGGACACUAUGGUCAAAAUUUGGUCUGCUACCGUUGACGAGAGAAGCAAUGACGGUGAAUCUGCGUCGAAAAAGUUAAAAACCGAUCAUGGAAAAAUACGAACACCAGAACUCACAAUGAAAGGUCAUAAAGAGGCAAUCAGCGGUGUGGUCUGGUCAAAUAAAAGCGAGCUUGUAACUUCGUCCUGGGAUCACACUUUGAAACUUUGGGACACGGAGCUCGGUGGAAUCAAACAUGAAAUCCCAGGCAAUAAAAGCUUUUUCGAUGUCGCAUAUUCUUCACUAGCCCAGGUCCUCGUUGCAGCAUCGGCAGAUAGGCACAUCAGAUUAUUCGACCCAAGAUCAACAGAAGGAUCUGUAGUGAAAACAACGUUCACCUCACACACCCAAUGGGUCCAAUCGGUAUGCUGGUCCACAACCGAUGGAAACCUUUUCCUGUCUGGAGCUUACGACAACCAAGUGAAACUUUGGGAUACACGAAGCCCGAAAGCACCGUUAUUUGAUCUCUCUGGCCACGAAGACAAAGUCCUGAGUUGCAACUGGUCCAAUCCCAAAUUCAUGGUUUCUGGUGGGGCUGACAACACCGUCAGGAUAUUCAAGUCUAAGCAUGCGAUCCAUUGAUGACUAUAAGUAAGAUCGUUUGUAAAUUAUUUUAAUGAUAAUACGUUAUAAAUGAAAUAUCACCUAAGAAGGUGAACUGAAAAACUAA